AUGCUACAGGCUUUCAUUCUCAUCACGGAAGUAUAUGGCGUACUGGACCUCCAAAACCUCCCUCUUCCACUAGGUGUACUGGACCUCCAAAACCUCCCUCCUCCACGUGGUGUACUGGACCUCCAAAACCUCCCUCCUCCACGUGGUGUAGUGGGCCUCCAUAACCUCCCUCCUCCACGUGGUGUAGUGGGCCUCCAUAACCUCCCUCCUCCACGUGGCAUACUGGACCUCCAAAAUCUCCCUUCUCCACGAGGCGUACUGGACCUCCAAAACCUCCCUCUUCCACGAGGCGUACUGGACCUCCAAAACUUCCUUCCUCCACAAGGCGUACUGGACCACCAAAACCUCCCUCCUCCACGAGAUGUACUGGACCUCCAAAAUCUUCCUCAUCCACGUGGUGUAGUGGACCUCCAAAAUCUCCCUCCUCCACGAGCUGUUCUGGACCGCCAAAACCUCCUUCCACCAUGA